AUGGGUUCGCGCACUCGCCGGCGUGCACACACUCAACAGCCCGUCCGAAUUGCGCCUCCUGGGCGAGAGGAGCGAGCUCCUCGUGCUGUAAACCGCCGACAUGGACUGGCGCCGCGACGGGUGGUUUCCUCUGAGAUCGUCCAUCGAGAUCCCGAGCAUGUCGCACAGCUCCUUCUGGGCCUCGGUCAUCGCCCUGAACUCGGAGGACUCGCGCAACAAGAGCAAGAACCGGGAAAAAGGACGCACUCGUACGACCAGACGGGAAGUCUGUAA